AUGGCUUCGUCCUAUCUACCUAUGCCCGAGCCUACCGUGCCCAAAAGACCACUAUCGUCCUACAAACUCAUCUCGUACGACAUCUACGGCACGCUCAUCGACUGGGAGACGGCCAUUGUGAGGCUACUUCAACCGCUAGUCUCGCGCAUCCCCUCAUCCUCCCCCCUCAGCCAGGAAUACCAAGACAGCACGAGCCCUGGGACCGAAGGACGGAUCCGACUCGCGGCGAAGUACAACGACAUCGAACAUGAGUUGGAGGAAAAGAAUCCAUCUCAACAGUAUGACGAGCUCCUGCACGACAUCUACCUGCGCAUCGCGUCCGACUUUGGCCUCGAAGUCACCGGCUCGACCGAGGAGGAAGCAAAGCGGUUCGGCGAGAGCAUAGGCACCUGGACACCGUUCCCGGACACGGUCGACGCGUGCCAGCGGCUGGUGAAGCACGGGUUCAAGCUGGUGCCGCUGUCCAACGUCGACCGGGCCAGUUUCGCGCGCACCUGCUCGGGACCGCUGAGCGACGUCGACUUCUUCCGCGUCUACACGGCCCAGGACAUCGGCUCGUACAAGCCCGACCUCCGCAACUUCGAGUACCUCAUCACGCACGCCAAGGAGGACGCCGGCGUGGAGAAGCACGAGAUCCUGCACGUCGCGCAGAGCAUCUUCCACGAUCACAUCCCGGCCAAGAAGAUGGGGUUGGCCAGCGCGUGGAUCAACCGGAAGGGGGCGGGCAUGGGUGGCAACGAGGCUAUCAGAGGCAUCCAUGAACGGGGAGAGGUCGGGUAUGGAUGGAGGUUUGGGACAUUGGGGGAGUUGGCAGAUGAGGUUGAGAGGGAGAAAGGACAGGGAGGGAAGUAG